AAACAGAGAGUAAACUGUCAUCGGUUAAUUUUAUUUCACGGAAUUUCUGUUUCUGUGUUCGCGUGGGAACUAAAUAAGCUUUUGUAGACUAUAAACUAUAAAUAUAUGCUCCUAGAGCAACCAAAAAAAAUUUAAAACUAUAAAAAAAGAACAAAAAAAAUCGCAAAAUAACUAAAUGAUUAAAAAAAUACUUUACUUUUGAAGUUCGAAGUGAAAUCUUCUGGAAUACCUAAGCAAUAGGCCUAGUGAAAAGGAAUUCAUAAUUCAAAAAAAUGAAUCCUAAUGGUCCAAAUUAUCCCGUUGCAUCUUUGUAUGUUGGCGAUCUUCAUAAUGAUGUUACGGAGGCAAUGCUGUUUGAAAAAUUUUCAACUGCUGGCCCUGUUCUAUCCAUCAGAGUCUGUAGAGACUUGAUCACUCGUCGUUCAUUGGGAUAUGCAUAUGUUAACUUCCAACAGCCUGUUGAUGCCGAAAGAGCCUUGGAUACUAUGAACUUUGAUAUGGUGAAAGGUAGACCCAUAAGAAUUAUGUGGUCUCAAAGAGAUCCCUCAUUGAGAAAAUCUGGCGUCGGAAAUGUGUUUAUUAAAAAUUUGGAUAAAAGCAUUGACAACAAGGCUAUGUAUGAUACAUUUUCUGCGUUUGGGAACAUUUUAUCAUGCAAAGUUGCUACAGAUGAUGAAAGUAAUUCUAAAGGAUAUGGUUUUGUCCAUUUUGAAACAGAAGAAGCUGCAAAUAAUGCCAUAAUGAAAGUGAAUGGUAUGCUUUUGAAUGGACGAAAAGUAUUUGUUGGUAAAUUUGUUCCACGCAAAGAACGUGAGAAGCAGUUAGGAGAAAAAGCACGCCGUUUUAUGAAUGUUUACAUUAAAAAUUUUGGUGAUGAUUUAGAUGAUGAAAAAUUACGGGAACUCUUUGAAAAAUAUGGAAAGAUCACUAGUGCCAAGGUCAUGGUGGAUGAUUUGAGUAAACCAAAAGGUUUUGGUUUUGUAAGUUUUGAAGAUCCUGAAAAUGCUGAAAAGGCUGUUGAAGAUUUAAAUGGUAAAGAAUUGAAUGGCAAAACUCUCUAUGUUGGAAGAGCUCAAAAGAAAUCCGAAAGAGCUGCGGAAUUAAAGCGAAGGUUUGAAUUGAUGAAAAUGGAGCGAAUUAGUCGAUACCAAGGUGUUAAUUUGUAUGUGAAAAAUUUGGAUGAUGCAAUUGAUGAUGAACGUUUAAGAAAAGAGUUUGCACCUUUCGGAACAAUUACGAGUGCUAAAGUCAUGACUGAUGGAAAUGGGCGUUCCAAGGGAUUUGGCUUUGUAUGCUUCAGCUCCCCAGAAGAAGCAACAAAAGCGGUAACAGAAAUGAAUGGAAGAAUUGUGGUUUCAAAGCCCCUAUAUGUUGCCUUAGCUCAAAGAAAAGAAGAUAGAAAAGCUCAUCUUGCCUCUCAAUAUAUGCAGCGAAUGGCAGGGAUGAGAAUGCAGUUGGGUCAGAUGUUUAACCCAAGUGGUGCUGGAUAUUUUGUUCCAACAAUGCCCCAAGCUCAGCGAGGCUUCUAUCCUCAGAUGGCUCAAAUGCGUGCUACACCUCGUUGGCCUACAACACCACAAAUGAGGCCUGGAGCUCAGCCUGCUGCAGCUUUUCAAGCCAUGCAAACUGCAGCACCAUUUGCUAGAGCUGCUGCACGUCCUGCUGCUGUUGCUGCUUCUCAAAAUCCAGGUAUGAGAGCUGGCAUAACUGCUCGACCAAUUACUGGUCAACAACCCAAUGCUGCUGCGGCCGCAGCAGCAGCUGCUACUGGAACAAGAGUUGCUGCUAUGGGUACUACUGGAGUCAGUGCUGCACGGCCUGCUGGUGUUCCCGCACCAAGUGUUAACCAAGGCCGCCCUGCUGCUUAUAAGUAUACAUCUAACAUGCGUAAUCCUCCUCAACCUCAAACAGUUCAGCAAGCUGUUACACAACAAGCUGUUGCUCAGCAAGCUGUUCAUAUCCAAGGACAAGAACCUUUGACUGCUUCCAUGUUAGCUGAAGCAACUGCUCAAGAGCAGAAGCAAAUGUUGGGUGAGCGAUUGUUUCCAGUUAUUCACCGUUGGUACCCUGAUUUGGCUGGCAAGAUUACUGGCAUGUUGCUGGAAAUUGAUAAUUCAGAAUUAUUGCACAUGUUGGAGCAUCAUGAAUCUCUUAAGGCUAAGGUUGAAGAAGCUGUUGCAGUACUUCAAGCUCAUCAUGCUAAAGAAACUUUGGGUGCUGGAGGCAUGAAGAAAGAUGCUUAAUUGCCUUAUUUUUACUAUAAAUAUUAGUUGUUAAACAAAAAAAUUAAAAAAAAGAAUGAAAAAAAAGGGCAAAAAUAAAAAAAAAAUCCCACGUGAAUACCAUGAACUUAUAAAAUAAAAAAGGACAAAAAAAAUUGAAAAAUCCUAAAAAAUGUGUGGAGGAUUGAUGAGUGGCAUGUGAUGCAGUUAUUAUUUUUAUGUAUUCUUUCCCUUUAUUUACUUGAUGUUUUUUCUUUGAUAUAGUUUAUUAUUUGUUUUUGGGAUAUGCAUCCAAAUUUAAAUAAAGUAUCUUAGUCUAUUAAAGUAUCUUAGUCUUUUGA